CACAAAGCCGUUUGUCGUCCAUUUAAUAUUGAAAAGUCUUGGCGUUGCCCAAUGACGGUUUAGUCUAAAGCCCAUUACUCAAACCUUUAUUCUUCCAUGGAAGUAUAGAACCAGAUUUCAACAUCCUCUCUUUCGCUCAAAAUCUUUGUCCAUCGAUCAAUCUAUCAUGGCCUGUUUGGAAAAUCCAUCUGCUCUUUUACCCCCUUGCUUAUUUCCAAGAAAGAAGACACUCGUACCCACUUCGGAAUCUGGUGAUGAUCAUGAGAAAUUGCUGCCACCGGAUUACCAGGAAAUUCUCAAAAGGUCGGGUUCUCAGGUCAAUUCUUGGACGAAGAAGGAGAUCUACAGAAAUCUAUGCGAUGGUAUACUCAUCGAUGGCGAUAGGAAGUUCUUUUCACUGGAAAAAUCAACCGGUAAGAAAUGCUGCCUGCUGAGUGCAAGAGAGCUUGAGAUUAUAUGGGAAAAUGACAACAGGUAUUGGGAUUGGAUACCAUCAACAGAAUCAAGGUUCAAAGAGGUGGUUCACCUAAAAGAGGUAUGGUGGAUGGAUAUCACUGCAGCGAUUCCUUCUCGCAUGUUAUCCCCGGAAACAAAUUAUGUUGCUUGUCUCGUCGUGAAUUUUGAUAGAGGAGCGUAUGGGCUAGAUAGAGAACCGUGGGAGAUCAAAGUUUCUUACAGAGGAAAGAUAUUAUCUCAGUCUCGUCAGAAUAUAGCUUGUAAUGUGAAGGAAGGUGUCGAUCCCAGAGUGGCUCUUCAAAUAAAGCGCCUCCAUUUUCUGCACCGUAUAAAGAUGUUGCCUAAUCCGCCGUCUGAACCUGAUAUCAAGUAUCCGUGCAGAAGAGAUGGUAGUCAGUGGUUGGAGAUCGAGUUGGGGGAAUUUACUACCGAGGGAGAUGAUGGGGAGGUGGUGAUAAAUGUGAAGGAAACAAGUAACUAUAAUCGCAAAACAGGGAUUACCAUUGAAGGAGUUGAGUUUAGACCACAGCAUGGACACACACAUUGAACCGUGAGUAUCUCUGGUUUGUAGUUAUUUUUAUCAUGUUUAUUCUCUGCAGAUUGGUUGACUUGAGCUGCACCCAACUGGGCAAAAUCCUUCCAUGAUCAAUGAAAAACAUUUUAUUUACAUUUUUCAUUAUUUUAAAAAGUUUAAUUCAAUUUUGCUUGUUUGUCA